AUGCCUUUCGCUGUCGGUAGUUCCGUUACCAAACAAGACCUCGCCGUCGCCCAGGCUGAGGCGCCUCAGCUCGCCAAGGUCAAAUGGUGGGCUGAUCCUGGCAUGCGCCAGCUGUACUUUUACGCCGCAAUUCUCUGUGUCUGUUCAGCUACCACCGGUUACGAUGGUUCCAUGUUGAACACGUCCCAGGCUAUGGACGACUGGCAGGAUUACUUUGGACACCCUACGGGCUCCAAGCUCGGUAUUCUCAACUCCAUCUACCAGAUUGGUAGUAUUGCCAGUUUCCCUUUCGCUCCCUUCAUGGCUGAUCACUUUGGCCGAAAGCUUCCCAUCGCCGUGGGAUGUCUUAUUAUGAUUCUUGGCGCUUUCCUUUCAGCCUUUACCAACGGCUACGGCAUGUACCUUGGCGGUCGAUUCCUCGUCGGUUUCGGAAACUCUUUGGCUCAGCUGUCUUGCCCUGUCCUCCUUACCGAGAUCUGCCAUCCCCAGCACCGUGCUAUCGUCUCUGCCAUCUACAACUGUUUGUGGAACUUGGGAGCCACACUCUGCGCUUUCAUCGGUCUCGGUACGAUCAACAUCAGCAGCAACUGGUCAUGGCGAAGCAUCACCUUGAUCCAGGCUGUUCCCUCCCUCAUCCAGAUCACCUUCAUCUGGUGGAUCCCCGAGUCUCCCCGAUGGCUCAUGGCCAACGAGCGCCACGAAGAAGCUCUCACCAUCCUCUCGAAAUACCACGCCAACGGCGACUCCAACAACGCGACCGUGCAGUUCGAAUACAAUGAGAUCAAGGACACCAUUGCCCUCGAGUACCAGGCCAAGAAGACCGGUAGCUACAUUGACUUUAUCCGAACCAAGGGAAACCGUUACCGUCUUAUGCUCUUGAUCUCUCUUGGUAUCAUUUCGCAGUACUCUGGUAAUGCCCUGAUCAGCAACUACUCCAACAUUAUCUACGAGGGCGCUGGAAUCAAGGAUCAGGCUCAGAAGACUGGAUUGAAUGCUGGAGAGAACAUGCUCAAGCUUUUCGUUGCCAUUGGUUGUUCGCUGGGAAUUGAUCGCUUUGGUCGUCGCCCACUCUUCCUUACUGCCACCGUUGGCAUGCUGUUGUUCUUCCUCGCCUGGACAAUCGUCGCCGCCCGCUUUGAAGCCAGUGGCAAGACUGAGAUCAAGCGCCUCGGAUAUCCCCAGAUUGCCCUUAUCUGGCUCUUCGACGUCUGUUACUCCAUCGCCUGGUCCGGUCUGAUCGUCGCCUACGCUCUGGAGAUCUGCCCCUUCAGACUCCGUGCCCGAGGUCUCAUGAUCAUGAACUUCUUCAUCCAGGUUGCUCUCACCAUUGGUAACCAGACCAACCCCGUCGCUCUCGAGAACCUUCCCAACAACUGGAACUUCUGGUGCUUCUACACCGUCUGGAUCGCUGUCGAGCUCGUCUUUGUCUUCUUCUUCUACGUUGAAACCAAAGGCCCUACCCUCGAAGAGAUUGCUAGAAUCUUUGAUGGCGAUGAUGCCAAUGUCGCGCAGGUCAACUACAACGACAGCGAGAAGCAGGCUGCUAUCGAGACCUCGGAGCCGAUACAUCAUGAGCGUAAGGAGCUGUAA